CCAUCUGGGGUGAACGACAUCAGUACGUGGUCUGUUUUGAUGUCACGGAUGGAAAUAUGAAUAUAAUAGACCACAGCCUUGCUGAAUCUCAUGAAACGUUCGGCGACAAGUAUGGACACAUACCCUCUCUGCUGAGGAAGUUCGUGGGUGCUGCACUGGACAAAUGCAAAGAAACAAAAAUGGCCGAUCUCGUACGAAGCUGCACUACUAAUGUGGUCUCAAUGCCGUGGAGGAACAACGUGGUCACAAUGGAGAAUGGUGUGUACGUAAUGCGCCACAUGGAAACGUACUUUGGGGAGAAAGAAAAGGAUUGGGAUUGCGGGCUGAGUGCAAAAGGAACAAAAGGCUUAGAGAUGUGUAGAAUCAAGAUUGCACGGACGCUCCUUACCUGUGCGCACAACACCCGAGGUUCUGCAAACCAAAAUAAAGCGACAAAGUAUUGGAGAGAGAGACCUGCAAAGUUCAAUUUCGAGAGGUGGGUUGAAAAUUAUGGUCUAUAGCGAGUGAUGGUUUUGCA